UCACUCAUAGUUUGAGCAACCAUCAGCAUGAAGGUUUUCGUAGUUUUGGUUCUGGCUCUGGCCUCCGCCUCCGCUGGGCUCCUGCCCAAUAUUGCCCCUGUACAUCCCCGUGACAGGGUCUCGACCCCAUCCAUCACCGGUCGCAUCACCAACGGCAAGGACGCCGUUGCCGGCCAGUUCCCCUACCAGGUGGGACUUAGUUUCUCCAGCUCUGCUGGCAGUUGGUGGUGCGGUGGCUCCAUCAUCGGAAACGAGUGGGUGCUGACUGCUGCUCACUGUACCGACGGUGCCGCCUCCGUGACCAUCUACUACGGUGCCACUGUCCGUACUAGCCCCGAGUUCACCCAAGUCGUCAGCAGCUCAAAGUUUAGGCAGCACGAAAGCUACCUGGCUUUGACCAUCCGCAACGACAUCUCCCUGAUCCAGACUUCGUCCGUGUCCUUCUCGGCUACCGUGAACAAGAUCAGCCUGCCCGCCGUCUCCAACAGCUACUCCACCUACGAGGGAAAGACCGCUGUUGCCUCCGGAUGGGGUCUCACCUCCGACCAAGCCACCGCCGUGUCUCGCGAUCUGCAGUACGUGGACCUUACCAUCAUCUCCAACUCCAAAUGCCAGGAAACCUUCGGAAGCCUGAUCGUGACCAGCAGGGUCCUCUGCGUUGACACCACCAACAAGGCCUCCACCUGCCAGGGUGAUUCCGGCGGCCCAUUGGCUCUCGAUGGUGUCCUCAUCGGUGCCACCUCCUUUGGAUCCGCUGAUGGUUGCGAGUCUGGCGCACCAGCUGCUUUCACCCGUAUCACUUACUAUCGCGAUUGGAUCAAGGAAACUUCCGGUAUCUAAGUGUUGAAGUAUGAAAUAUGAAAACUGCAAAAUAUUAUAAAUAAAACUGUAAUCAUGAUUUUAC